AUUUGAAACCGCCCGUCUACUUUUUCAACAACUAAAUAGAGCGUUCCACUGGCUUGGAGCAGGGGUCCUCUAAAGAGCUGGACUGUCGACUUCCUUGUGGGGCCUGCUUCUCUCCUUUUUGUCGACGAGGUCAAAGAAGUGCAGAGGGGAAUGGAGAUAUAGCCUCGAACAGCCAUCAAGCCUCUCUUUCUACUUGGAGCACAAGAUGCCUUCCGUCGAUGUCGCCAUGGCGAGGAGCCUGCGGGGAGGAGUGUGGGGAUCAAUCGUCUCAGGCAUAAGUUCAGAUCUCCAGGCACGGCAGAUUACUGAAACCAUAAACGAUGUCGGCACCGCGCUGGGGAGCUGGGACAAUUGCAUGGCUGUAGACUGGUGCCGAUGGCCCGUCAUUGCGGCGAUCAUCGUCGGCGGUCUCAUCAUCCUCUCCAUUGUCAUUUGUGUCGCUCGCUGCCUGUGCUGCGGCGUCUCGUGCUGUUGUCAGUUCUUCUCCUGUCUCAAGUGCUGCGGCAACUGCUGCGGCGCCUUCGACCCUCCCGGCGGUAAACGCCGCAAGUACCUCGACGAACCCUAUAACGCCCCGAACCAGGGCUAUAAGCCGCAUCCGCCCAUGUUCACCCCGGCCGCCGCCCCCGUAGCAGCAGCACCACCUCAAUACGCCGAGUUUGACGCGAGCAAGAAGGGCGACGCAGACGCUCUCCCUGCCAUGCCGACAUGGGAAGGAGCUGGUUCCAAGAAGGUCUCUCUCGAGGAGGACGCCGUCGAGCUGGAGACGAUAAAGAAGCCCCAAGCUGGCCAGAGUGCCAGGAACAUCCAACCGAGCCCGAACAUGCCACUCAUGACACACGGAACUGCUGGUCCCGCGAGCCCUAUGUCGCCUGAAGAUGCCAGGGCGCCCUACGGUCACGGGCAUGGUCAUGUGCAUGGUCAUGGAUAUGCCCACGGAAGUUCGUCCGGAUACAUGGCUGGAACUGGCAGAUCUCCCGACCCUUAUGCAGAUCCCUAUGGACAAGACAGUCAGGUUCAGGGCUAUGGCCAACCAGGCCACGACUACGAUCAAAACGACCCUUACGGACAACCUUCGUCGUCUGCAUACGGCCCCGGGCAAAGUUAUGGCGGCGCUGCCGUGGCACAAGGCCGCGGAACGCCACAUCAAGAUCGGAACGGCAGUUUUGGCGCGCCAAGUGCCCAGGGCUAUCACGGGCACGGCUCAUCGAGGUCUCCCCCGCCGAACUCGGACUUUAACACGGCGUACGACCGGCCCUAUGGGCAGCAAGAUGGAUAUGGACAAGAUGGCUAUGCACAAAAUGGCUACGGACAGGACGGCUAUGGGCAGGACGGCUAUGGCGCUGGCGUAGCCCGCGGACCGACGCCGCACCGGUCGCCCCCUCACAACGGCCCUGGAUCCGCUUUCGCGCACCCCGCUCGGAGUACACCCAGCCCUGCGCCUCAGGGUUACCGCCGCUCGCCCGGCCCCCAGGCCAACGACUAUGGCUAUAAUCAGAACGACGCCUACGCGCGACAGGAUACCCACGGAGGAAGCGACGCCUACGGCCAGGCCCCGUACGCGCAGGACCGCCAACGACAGCAGCUGACUGGCCCGGCGUCUCCCGGACUGCAGAGCAACGGCGGCUUCGACUUCAGCUCGGGCUACAGCCGUCCGCAACCGCAGUACGAUUACGACGACCAGGGACAGGUGUCUCAGCAGCGUCCGCCACCCAGCAGCGGCUCGGAAACUGGAUACGCCGGGCUCAAGGCGUACCAGACUCCACAGCGGGGAUGGAGUGGCGUGUGAUGCAGCGAAGGAAGUGGAUGGGGCUGAAAAAAGGCUCACCAUGACGACUUGUUAAAGUUUCUUUGAUUUCCACUGGAACCCCUUAACGUACGGUUUUUAGACGGCGUUGCUCUUGUUUUGUUUCUCUUCGCCUUCUGUCAUUCUGCCUAUUUUGCGCUUGGCACCAGACCAUCGUAUAUACCAGCGAUCUGUACCUCUAUUCGAAGCUCUUUUCUUUUUCUUUUCUUCUUUUUUAUUGUUCCAAAUACUUAAG